AGCGUUUUGACUAAGGAGUGACACAACUAUUCUUGAACACGUUGCGUUUUUAAUAACUAAAACAAUCUAAAGUUGAAAUUCCUUUUUCGUGUAAGUUAUCAAGAUAAAGAUGAUGUUAAUCAGAGCUUUAUUGGCCACACUUUUGAUUAUUGGCGCAGAGGGACAAGAUAUUCCGAAUAUGGACGGUAUUGCUAAAGGUGAAGUGGCGCCUGAAACCACUCAGAAUCCAGUUAGCACAACUACAUUUAAAACAUCAGCCACUACCAAUCCUACUAGCUCACCUUCACCUAAACCAUACACAACUACAACUCCGGUCAAAACAAGUUCACCCAACCCAUCUACAACUACAAAUCCUGUCAAAACAACUACACCCAAACCGUCUACAACUACAAAAGCGACUGUAGAUGACGGAUCUUUGGAAUAUUUGGAAGAUGAGAUACUUAAGUUAGUGGAUAGGGUUGGACAAUUGGAGAAUGAAGUGAACACAGUUAAAUCAGUGUUAACUGAGACUAACACACAGUUAGCUGGUACUCAAGUAGAACUAGCUGCAACAAAAGAACAACUGAACAACAAAGAACAAGGAGUCACCACUUUGGAAGAUGAAAUACUUAAGUUAGUGGAUAGGGUUGGACAAUUGGAGAAUGAAGUGAACACAGUUAAAUCAGUGUUAACUGAGACUAACACACAGUUAGCUGGUGCUCAAGUAGAACUAGCUGCAACAAAAGAACAACUGAACAACAAAGAACAAGGAGUCACCACUGGAACCGGUAGUGUAAAGAUAACUAUUACCCAAGGACAGGCGACUACUGUCAAAGAAGAGUGUCCUGCAAAAUAAGUCAAAAAGGAAAGCAUUCCUCACAG